AUGAGCAACGAGGUGCUGAUAACGAUCUCCGCAAGGACGUCAACCACUGGAAACGGGACGAUAUCGAGCAAUGUGUUCAAAGACCGAUCCCGUCCUCCUCGGAACAUCCCUCCAACCUCACAUGUAUGCUUUGAUCGGCGCCCAGCCUGUCCCUCUGGCGACCAUUGCAACGGUUCCUGAAGGCCUCGGUCACUUGAAUCGCGGCACACUCAACGCCAUAAAUCUCUGAAGUUGUAUAACAGACUGAGUCUAUCCUCAUCCGAUUUCUAAUCUGUAUCCCACGAAGCUCCUGACCAGUACAGGCGGUUAGCAGAGAUGGCCGUUCAUGUAUACGGUUCUGAUGUACAGCAGUAGGAACGUAAACGCUUCGAGACGCCAAUUGCCCCUCAGCGUAGCAAGAAGAAGACAGACUGCAUCGACCUCCUUUUCUUACCUGGAUAUGAGCUUGUCCUCCGUCUACCAGCUGGCGAACCUCCACCGUUUCUAUGCUCUCUCUGCCGCCGGGUCCACAGGUCGUCGUAGCCACGACGUAUCCGUCUAGCUGUCCGUCGUCUCCCAGACAAACUUUGACCUGGUUGACCCCGCCGGCGCCUUCCGGUGAAAGGUUCCAGGGCCUUGCCGGCGUAACUUUUUCCUCGUCAAGCUUAAAGCUGAAUAGAUGAACAGAGAUGACAAGACGGAAGAAAGUAGUGAUGGUGUAAACAUAUCUCUUGGCCUGAUACGUGAGAGUAUCGGGACAGAUGUGUAGCAAGACAGACGC